UCUUCGCUUUUUUUAAAUCUUAGAUUUGUUCUAUGUAAGGUGUCUUCUUCAUCCGAUGAUAGCUCAACAACUCUUACUUCGGAGCGUCGUAGAUCUUCAUUGAGUACUGGUGCCACGAUUGAUGAGCUUCGGAGCAACUAUGAGAAAGUGAAAGUGACUGUAUGCAUUUUGAAGGCAGAUGUCUCUACACAUUUCUCUUCCCGAGAAGUGUUCAUUUUUCAUCGACUUGAAGAGUCUGAUGAGUUAGAAAUGGGCAUUCGAGAGUUUAUGCGUGCCAUCUACUUCGUUUUGGAAAGUAAACGAUUAGAUUUGUCCUUCGAAAAGAUGGAAUGCCCACCGUGUCCAGUUUUACCCGAAGAGGAGAAGUUUCGGAUUGGUGUAGAAAACAAGACUUCGAAGACAUACAAGCGAAAAUGCAUCGGUCGCUCACGAAAGCAGAACUCAGACUAUGCCAUGCUUACAGGGCUUCCUCAGUUGGCAUUAGAUUCAUAUGGCGCUUCCAUUGAAAUGUUGAAGACUGCUAAUGACAUGCUGUGGUUCGCAGGUUUGUUACCUAUUAAUUCGACGGUCUCGUAUGCCUUGGGCUGUACUUCGUGGGGAGAGGUUUUUUUCGUAAUUCCGCAGUCCUUUCUCCUUGAUAAAAGAGGGAUGUUACUUAGGUAUUUCCUUAAAGCAAGAAUGGGUAUUUUCAGGUUUAAGGAGAAGAUUGAACCAUCUGCUAUUCUUGAAAAAUUUGAACAAGCACUUGAAAAUUAUUCAAAGUUCUCUUUUGCGGCGAUGAUUGAAUAUGACUGUAUGAUGAAAGCGGUCUCACUUUAUCGAUAUCAUCAACUGUUUAAGGCUUUCCAUCGUGAUCAUGUCAGUAAAUAUUUGGAAGAUAGCUUCACAAGGUUUGAUAAUCAUACCAAGGCGGCCAUCUGUAAUAAUUCUGGUACUUUGUAUAGAGAGGUAGGCUUUACACGAAAAUGUUCGUUCUUUGCCCGCCUGAGUGUUUUAUUCCAUAAAAUAAAUGAAAUAGGUCCAGUUCAUCUACAAAUCAAGGCUCUUCAUGAAGUAUAUACUGCUGCUUCUAGGGCAGAGUUAACUGAUGCGGCGAUUCGUCACCUUUGCCACUUAAUCCAGGUUUAUUACGAUGAUAUGGAUCCAUCUUUAGCGAAUCGUUUAUUCGAAGAUUUACAAAAUCUUGUUCGCAUUAAAGGCAGCACACCACAACUUAAUCAACGCAUUUCAGUGCCCGUUGGUAAUAUUAUCCUUCCACCCAUACAGCUAACAAGAUUUCCUAUGGUUAGUGAUCCCAUGUUGUGCCCACUUCCACCUCAUCUCGCUCCUACCGUUAUACAUGCGAAGGUUGGCCAACCUGAACUAUUCAUAUAUUCACCAUUUCAGCAAAAAAGGUCAACAAAUGCGUUUGCUCCAAUGUUACAUCACAAUGCUAAUUUUCAAUUGGAUUGUGCUUGUGAAGUAGCAAUUCUUAUUUACAACUGCCGUCCUCAUGAGCUAGUUGUCAGGGAAUUGUGUUUGCUUGCUGACGGAUGUGCUUUUGAGUCGGUGCCUAUGCGUCUAAUGCUGCCUGCAGCUGCAGAAGGUACUGGUCCAGCGAGGAUCAAACUCAUAGGCGUCCCUAGAACACCAGGCUUGCUAACGAUUACCGGUUAUUGCUGUGAAGUUUUUGGUGUAAAGAACGUACAGGAUUUUGUUAACAAAAAUAAUUCGUUAUUUUGCACUUUUUCCAUACAGGUUGAAGUAUUACCUUCACUCCCUGUUCUCCAGUUCGAGUCUUCCUUGCCACGCGCACCAAUAGAGGAGGAUUUGAAUGAGCCAAGCGCUGAAAUAACUGUAUAUUCCGGACAAGUGUUUAAACAUUCGUUGACUGUGAAAAACACUAGUUCAACAAUUUCCAUAAAGAAAAUUCGUCUCCAAUUAUGGCAGCCAAAGGUUUCUGGUGGUCCUUCGUUGAUAGAGCUGACGAAUCAGGCUGAUGAUGAGUCGUUCUCACUAGCUCCACUUGAAGAAAAAGAUAUAAGUUUCCAAAUAUUUGGUAUCGAUCCUACUGCAACUGCUGACGACGAGGGCAAUGACGACAAAGUACUUGAAACUGUUUUGCCACUUGCAUCGACUGCUGCCGAGGCUCCCGACACUGAUGCUCAUGACCUCAUACCAUACACUGGUCGAUUGCUUUCUUCUGAGUUCGAUGUUCAUUUUUGCUCAACUGAACAAAAAUGUUUGUUGCGCUGCAGAACUGGACGUUUGUCUAUUGCGGUUUGUGUUGUGCCUGCAGUCACUGUUUCUGCUUGGCACGUUUUGCCAGGUGAUGGUCCAUUCACGAGAUAUAUUGUUGUCGAUGUAACAAACAGCACAGAACACGACUCAGAAUUGGUUUACAGUUCUAAUCGGAGAAUGAGUGUGCUUCCUAAAGAGACCUGUCGAGUUCCCCUUUUGUCUCCUUGCUGUUCAGAUGUUGCCGGACGAGCUUUUCAUGCUGCAACACAAAAGGACAGCCACAUGAUGCAAAAACUUGAAAUGGUGAUGUUGAGGGUUAUUCUAAGUUCUUUUUUAUGCAUUCAUUUUGAUACCACUUGGACAUACGAUGGGCGAUCCCUAUUUGUUUUUACAUUUCAGCUUGAAGGAUUAGUGCCAGUUGGUGCAUUACUAUCGUCAGUGUCUCUCUUGAAGCAGCUUGUUCUGCCGGCGAUAUCCUUAGAUAUUUCCGUGAACGGCACACCAUAUUUAAGCGAAGAUGAUAUUUGUGUAGGAAUUGGUGAAAUUAUACACAUAAAGGUCGUAGUUAUUUCAUCACUUGAAUACGACUUUGAUGGAAUUUUAACACUCGAUUGCUACCAAGAAAUAUCGAGCUUCUUCGGAACAGUAGAUAAAUCUGAAAAUUUGUUGAUUAUUGGUCAGCGCAAGAUUCCAUUUGUUGUACCGAAAAGCGAAUUGUCGUUUCAUGUGAUGUUUCGUGUUGAAGGAGUUCAUAAAAUACGACCACAUAUUGUCAGCAGGAAUGGAGAUGAAUCACUCUUUGCAGAUGAAAUCUUUGUUUCACCCGUUGGUUUUAGUGUGUCAUCCAAAGCUCAUUAG